AUGCUUUUUGUACUCUUAUCACUGCUGAUAAAACAUUCAGCAUCGAUAACUUAUCGUUGUGAUGAUGAUCAAAUUGUUGUGGUACAAAGUUUUGGUAAUGAUACUAUUCGGAUGCAUUGUCAGAAACCAAUUCUUUGCGGUCUUCAAUUUUUGAAAUGUCAUUACAAUCAUUUGCAAACAUAUUGUGGCGGAAAAACUAAUUUUGUUGCUCACAUACAGCAAUUAACGCCCGUUGCGCCUGUGAUGCAUACAUGUUGUAAUUUAACAAUUAAUGAAGAUGUUCAAAUAAGAGCACAUAUGGGAAAUGAUUGCUUUUUAUAUGAUUUACCGGACGGCUCAAAUGGUACAACAGCUGAAGAAUUAGAAAAGAAAGACAAAGAUGGAUAUGCAUUAUUAAAGGAUAUAAAUAAAAUACCGGAACAGUUUACCGAUUUUUCCGGUUAUCGCCUCAGACUUUAUUUACUACGUAAAAAGGAACCGUCACAGUUUGUGAUAAAGGGUGUUGAGCGCAAUGAGGUUGGAUAUCGGGUAACUAUUUGUACUAUACAGUGCCAAAAUGACAAUCAUAAGGUGAAGGCAGUUACCUCUGAUCAAAAGCACGCAGAUUUAAAUAAGCAAGAGCCAAUUAUCAAUGAUAAUAAUUUAAAUCAAAUUAAUUUUGCAUUACGAAAUUUAACAGAUGAUGGACAAUGGAUUAUUGCCACCUGGGCUGAAUGGUCUUACAAAAAAUGGUCAGAAUGGAGCACAGAACGAAGGAUCGAAUUUAAUGAUUUAGAUAGAACAAAAGGAAGAGGUCAUCGGUAUCGCAUUCAUCACAGUAACAGUGAAAGUGGAACUGCUACUGGAAAAGGUCAACAAAAAUCAGAAGGUAUUAAAACGUCCAUUCAUGAAUCAAGUAAAGGUCAUCGUCGAGUUCAUAAAAAGAAACAUUCUAGUGAUUGUGAUGAUGAUGAUGAUGAUGAAAGUUACGGUAGUAAAGAAGUGGGUAAAAUUGAUGUUACCAAAGAAGGAGGAAAGAUAAAAGAACGUUUUGGAAAUAUUCCUGAUAAUGAUAGCAAGGAAAAGUUGAAUCAGGAGAAACGAAAAUUUCCUGCAUUAGAUAAUCAGGAAAAUAUGAAAUCCGAAUUAGAUCCACAUAAAACAAAUGGAACAGGAAAAAAGGAGGAAUUAUUUACUGUCCGAUUUGGAGAAAUUGGAAACCAAACAAAAGAUGGCACUAAAAAAAUAGAAGAAGGCACAGGAAAAAAUCAAGGUGACAGUAGUGAUAAUAUUGCUAAUGCUACGAAAGCAACUGAGAGUAGCAGGAAAGAUCAUUCAAAUGUAAACAAAGAAGGAGGAGGUGAUGAUUUAACUGGGAAGAUAUUAGCAGGUGGCGAAGCGAAAAAUGGUGCAAAAAAGGUGAAAAAAACGAAAUCACACAAAGAAAAAUCAACCAAAAAAUUAGUUUCAAAGAAAUUACCAGCAAAUGAAACAAUGCAUCAUAAAAAUAACACUUCAAAAGGAUCUGAAAAGAAGAUUACUUUGACGCAAAAAACUGACAAAAGCGCAGGAAAUCAACAAAAGGAGAAGAAACAUGAUGAAUUGAAAGAUCAAUUAAAAUCUGGAAGUACACAGUCAUCAAAACCAGUAAAUCAAACUCGUAAACAGGAAUCAGGUCAUGACCCACCCGCGAUUCCGGUAGCUGCUGGUCAUCACGUAGGAGCUAAUCCUAUGCCCGCAAUGAACUGUUUCAGUGCUGACACGAAAGUUUACACUCAAAAUGGUGAAAAAACAAUGAAAGAUGUUGUAGUAGGCGAUUUUGUUCUCGUUCCGGUAAGUAAAAGUCAAAUGAGAUAUGAAAGAGUGGAAAUGUUCUAUCAUCGAGAACCGGAAACUCGAGCUAAAUUUGUGGUAUUGGAGACGGAAUCAGGCCGAAAAUUAAGUCUAACAGAGUUACAUCUUCUUCCGUUCGGUGAUUGCAAAGAAAUGCAUGAGAGUAUGACUGAUACCACCGAUAUUGUAGAUCAAUGGCUUCGGAAGUCAAAGUUCGCACAUAGAGCACGUAUAGGUGAUUGUGUAUUCACAAUGACAUCAAAUCAUGAAUUACAAGUAGAUCGCAUCGUAAAGGUGGGUAGACAAUACCUGAAAGGUAUCUAUUCACCAAUGACCGUAGAAGGAUCAAUUGUAGCUGAUGGUAUACUUGCUUCAUGUUUUUCACAGAUUAAUAGCAAUGAUGUGUGGAGGAAUGUGUUGCAAUUGCAAUUUAAUACUCAAUCGCGUAAACGUCGAUUUUACGAUGUUCCAACAAACGAUCGCCCACGUUCCAAAUGUUGCAGUUGCCAGCAGGGUAAACCUGGACCUCCAGGUGAACCGGGAAAUCCUGGACGAGAUGGAGCCGUUGGACCACCGGGAUUACCCGGAAGAAAUGGUAAACCUGGACAACAUGUGAUGCCACCAAAGAAUGAUGAAAACACUUGUCAAAAGUGUCCAAUAGCUCCACCAGGACCUCCCGGAUUAGUUGGUCAAAGAGGACCGAGAGGACCACGCGGAAACCCAGGUGUACCUGGAGAUGACGGUUCUCUUGGAAGAAAAGGACCUCCAGGACCAACAGGUGUUAGAGGUCCUCCUGGGCCAUAUGGACCAAAAGGACCACCAGGUGAUCCUGGGCGCAUACUCAAUGGAGCACCUGCUGGGCUGAGAGGCCCUCCAGGACCCACUGGACCGCGGGGCCGUGUCGGAAGUCCUGGACGUGAUGGCAAUCCCGGAGCAAUAGGUGUUGCAGGGAUGCGUGGAGAGCAAGGUGAAAGAGGGAGUGAUGGUGCACCAGGACUACAGGGACCACCAGGACCUCCCGGACGACAAGGAAACAAAGGCAGUUGUGAUCAUUGUCGACCGCCGAAAGAGUCAUCAGUAUCAGAAAAUCCUUCCGAAUAUAACGCCGUAAACAGCAAACCAGUUGAAUCGAAAAACACGGAAUAUACAAAUAUAAAUGUACCACGUUAUUACAGUAAUGAACCGGUAAAAGGUACCGGUAAUCAACCAAUUGGUUAUAAUAUCAAUAAUAAUAAUAAAAUAGCAAAAGAUGUAAAGCAAAAUGGUGUUAGUACUGAAAGAAAUAUUGGUCGAGGAAAAUUGCGUGAAUCAUACGACACGAAAAGAAUUGAGAAAUAUGACGUAACAAAACUCUACGAUCAGAAAUAUCAUCGACCACUUCGGAUAUCGCCAACAAUUCGAAAGAAUGGCUACUACUCUUAG